UAGCCGCAAGGCUUAGGGGUGAGGGUGAGAAAAAUAUCGUAGAAAACGAGAGAGAAAAUGCCACAGAAGUGGCAGUCGAGUGAGGAUCUCCGACACGGCAACAACUACUUUCUUCGUCGUAAUAUCAGUUCGCAAUCAUGGUUGAUAAUGGCGUUGGGUUGCUGUUGGGUGUUGUAUCGUUUAUGCCGAGCACGAGAGCGAUAAGGCGAUAGAAAUCCAUCGGGUGAGCAUCUCCGACACGUCAACUGCAUUCUUGGUGUUAUUUCCAGUAUUCAAUCACGGUAAACUAUGCCGUCGUGCUGCGCUACACACUACAACUGAUGCUGCUCCGAGCUACUACACCGAAGUAUUAUUCUUCCUCGAGCUACGCUACAAAAGCGCAUGGGUGCUACACCAGCGAGUCUCCCGAGUACUACUCUGCUCCCAGCUACUAAACUGAGCCAAAAGUAACGGACUGAAGGUGCUAAAAGUUUUUGCUGAGGACGGUAGCAGGUCGAGUCCUCCCUAAAUACUUGAGCGAAUGGACAACCGAGAAGUUGAAUGCGGAAAGUGUUAAUGUGUUGCCCAAAGCUAAUGUUGAGGGUGCAAGCUUGGAAGACAACAAGGUCCCAUUGACCUUAAAACAAUGGUCGAAAGGUUUAAACUGACCAUGUUGCCGUUGCUGUCGGUUUGAACGCAAACACGGAUUUGGCUGUCGCUUUUGGUUUGGAAAUUGAUUCGAAUUUUGGUAGUUGUCGAGUCAAUGCCGAGUUUGAAGCAGAUCAAACGUCUGGUUGCCAAAGAUGCUGCCUGCUUUUAUGAUAUCAAAUUGGAUCGUCGUCGUGUGGAACAUCAUGACCACGCUGUUGUAUCAGAGCGAUUGGCUAGAGAGCAUAUGAUUGGCAAUGCAUGCAUGCAACAUGGGUGAAGGACUGCAGCGCAAUAUUUGUCACUAUCUGCAUUCUUCGUCGUAUUUUCAGUACGCUAUCAUGGUUAACUAUGGCGUCUUGCUGCUGUAUGUUGUAUCGUUGAUGGCUGGGUCAGCCAUUGGUGUACCGAUGUCUCCUGGGUAUUGCAGAUACCAAGCCGCAACGCCGCCGCCUUACUGCACAACAACAACACACGAAACAACCGGUUACCACACCACCAAGGCUGCAGAAUAUUAUACCACAACUUAUGAUGCCCCGAGCUACUACAUUGAAGCCCUGAAGUAUAACUCUGCCCCGAGUUGCCUCAACAAAGAGGCUGAGUACUACACCGAGGUUUCCAAGUACUACACCAUCAAGGCAUCAGAGUACUACACCACCAGGGCACCGGAGUACUACACCACCAUGGCACCGGAGUACUACACCACCAAGGCACCGGAGUACUACACCACCAAGGCACCGGAGUACUACACCACCAAGGCACCGGAGUACUACACCACCAAGGCACCGGAGUGCUACACCACCAAGGCACCGGAGUGCUACACCACCAAGGCACCGGAGUGCUACACCACCAAGGCACCGGAGUGCUACACCACCAAGGCACCGGAGUGCUACACCACCAAGGCACCGGAGUACUACACCACCAAGGCACCGGAGUACUACACCACCAAGGCACCGGAGUACUACACCACCAAGGCACCGGAGUACUACACCACCAAGGCACCGGAGUACUACACCACCACUUGUGCUGUCCCAGCCUUUUACACCUAGUUUCAACUACUACUGUUUCUAGCCACUACACCGAAGCUCCAGCUUAUUAUACCACCAAAGCGGUAGAGUACUACAACGAAGCGCCCAAAUUCUAUCUGCCCGAGCUACGAAAUUACAUCUGUGGAGGCCCAGUACUACUUAGUACCUACUUUUUACACAGUGGAUGGUCCUUAAUACUACGUUGAACCGAAAUACUACUCUUGAGACUCCAGUUUACUACACCACAAACCUACGCUGCCCCUAGCUAUUAAACCGAAGCUGCCAAGUCCUACACCGAAAAGGCCGAAUAUUACCCAAUGACGUAUGCUGCCCUAGUUUACUACACAGAGGAACCCAAGAUUAACUCUGCUCCAACCAACACCAAACAAGAGGAUCCGUUUUACUACACCACCAAGGCCCCUGAGUAUCACAAUGUAACCUACACUGGUCCCAGCUACUACUUGAAUCUCCAAAGUAUUACUCUGCCCCGAGUUACUACACCACUAAAGCAUUUGGAUAUUACUCCACGACCUACGCUUCUUCUAGAGAAAGUCUACUAAAUACUAGUCGAAAUUUCA